AUGUCGACAAAUGGGCCGACCUCUGCGAAGGAUUCCUCCAAGAAGAGGAAGAGGCUGUCUACGCCGUCGGUACGAGGAGACGCGGAGGCAGCAGUGGACAUGGAGAAGGAACCGAAGAAACCUGUGCGUGGUUGUACCUGGAAGAACCUGGAUCUUAUCCUUUCCCUUCGGGACAAAGACGUCCCUACUAACAGGUCCACCGCUCGCGGGUCAUUGUAUUAUUAUUUUCCUGUGUUGCAUUAUUUAUUCACGUCUCAUUCAACCGCAGGAAGAUCGAGCUCGCCUUCAACUUUGUUGGUUCGGAUUGUAGUGGCGACGGUCGGGGACGCGAGCCCCUUCAGGCUGGGCGAGUAAUCUCCUUUAUGAGUGAUUGGGUCCAACCCGUCUUGAUAUCCUCGGACCAGGAAAAGAGUAAAACGUUGUUUUUUCCUGACACCUGCCUUGAUUAUAGACUUUGGAUUGUCCUCAAGUUCUGCAUGGAGAAAUCUGCUAUCAACGUGUCUCAUAAUUUACUUCGACCAGUCACUCGUGCUAUGGUCCAUGCAUCGUCAUUAGUAGAUAGCGACAAGGAUCCGAGAGCGGGAGAAGAUUCCUCUGGAUUUUAUGAGGUGUUCGCCGAGUGUCUCUCUCUUCUUUUUUCCUCCCAUGGCAGAAGCUUCAAUGCUGCCGGCUUGGAAUUGUGGGUUUCAUGUGCUGUUGCAGCUGUUGGCCUUCUCUUGAAAAUAUUGUCGAGUGACGAAUCCUCCUUUUUAAGUAAAGAUAAGCUCUCAGCGCUGUCAAUUCUUAUGCUCGAGCAAUUUGCUAGUUUUCUAAGGUUUCACCCUAGUCCAAAGAACAUAUUUCGUUCAUUUGUUGAUAGGCUCCUGGAGCCAUUAGUGGCAUUGCUGUCCCUGGUGCAUGCAAAAGGCGGCAAAAGGGACCAUGAAUACGCUGGCAGCCUAUUGACAGCGGUGGAGAAUGCUUUGUCUAAUGGUUUGUGCCAUCCUGCACACAUCAGUGGGUUUGUAAGCCUAAGAAGUUCAAACUUGAAAACUGAGGUCGAGGAACCAAAGACUUUCAAUGAAAGUUACCACAGACAUUUCUUUGUGAAAUUGCAAAAAAUAGUCACUGAGAAAAAGGUGACUUUAAUGGGUGGCUUGGGGCACGUUUUUCAUCUGUUUAUCACCAAUCUGAGGAAUAAGCGACGUGUGUCUACAUCCUUCAAAGUCAUCCAUAAGUCGGACAAGCAUCAAACUAUGCCAGAGCAAGAGCAUGCAAGUGGCAAGCUGGUCUUCGAAGUGUUCAUUCAAUUCAUGGAGCCUCUUUUUCAUGAUUGUGGGAAGUUCACGGAAAUGGAUUUAUCUGUGGCUGGAGCGUCAUGGGAAACCGUAUUGAUGGAAUCUUAUUGGACCAUUAGAAGCAUUAAUGAUAUUCUUGAAGGUGUUAUGCGUGAGAAAAUAUAUGAUCGAACGCAAGAUUCACCUGAAGGAGAUCAUUGCAAUUUUCUUAAGAAGGUGUAUGAAAUGGUUGUCAUUAUCUGCAGAAAAGUAUAUGUUUUUUGGUUAUCGAUAUCAAGUGUGUGUGAAGCAGGAUCUUCAAAUAUACUUGUCUUGAUUGCUAAGGAGCUUAUUGUGAGCAUUGGCUAUUUUCUUGAAAUUGAAUAUAAUGUUGUUGGGGAUGAUCUGGCUGGUAUUUGGCUCAUGAUGCUGUCAUACCUAGCUGUUUCUGAGUGCACAGGGGCGAAAUCAGAUGAUUCCAGGCUCACGAAUGAGAUCCUGAGAGUUGGAUGCCAGAUGAUUAAAAUGUACAGUGAUAUUCGACAGGUUUGUGCUCCGUACAUCAUUAAAUUUUUUUUCCUUGUAAUCUGUAAUUUGACGCUUGGAUGCUAUAUGCCUAACUGCCUUAUUGAUUGGUUGAAAAGUUGAUUUUUUCAAAUUUUAGGUAGCCAAAAGUUCUUCUAGCUGGAAUUUUCCUGUCUGUUGUGGCCAUUGUUAGUUUGCUUGGUUGGUUAUAGUUCUCUCCUGCCAAUAGUUUUUCCUUCUUGUUAUUUUGCAUUAUCCAUGAUAGCAGUUACGUACAGAAUCAUCAGUAGCACUAUCCUAUGAUUAUCCUUCUCCUUAUCUCGAACUUGAUGCCCGUUACAACAAACAAGAGGAAGGUAUUAAUCACUUCCUGUUGCAUUAGUAUCCCUUAGCACUUGGUCAUAAAUGACGAGAGAUAUUCUCAUGGACUAACGAUUGAUGAGGAAAUAUAAAUGAUGAAAAUAAUUGGCCAACUCCGAUGUAAUGUUUUCAUAGAAUGAACGAUUUUUUUAUCUUUUUAUUGUUUGAAAGUGUUCUGCAUUUUAUUUUAUAGGCAUUAUUGAUUCAUAUGAAGUUUCCUCUUUCAUUUGACGACUUUCAUAUGCCUGUGUGCUUGUGUGUGCUUUCUUUGGUGAGUUCAUAUCCUUUGGCAUGGCACUCUUGUAUAACUUUGGUGUUACCACAUGUUGGCCUCCUGUGUCCGUUUCCUAUUUAAAUCCAAUUAUCAUUAUACCCAACCUAGUCACUGAGAGUAUUGCGGCAGUGGUACACAGUUCACGAAAUGAUCGUUUUGCUCGAUUUGGCCCUUAAGCGAUUAUAUUAAAAUGCAUAAGCUUGAAUGAGAAUACUCUUUUUUGCAGGCUAGUAGGCCUAUCUUUGCUUUAUGUGAAGCUGUGAGGUUCUUCAGAUUUGAUGAUGAUGGAAGCGAAACUGGUCGCUCGACAUUUUUUCCCUGUGGACGUUUAUCCCCUGAUGCAUGCAGAAAAGCAGUUAUGACUUUGAUAUGCUCACAAGAUUUAAGAUUUGCAACUUCAAAUGCCAUUAAAUCGAUACCAGAAGGGCAAGCAGGUGGAUGCGUUCAUCAGUUGAAGUUAGAUUUUACUGAUGCUUUAGGAUGGUUGAGAGCCGUUCUCUUGAAGACCAGUGUAAACAGUUACGUAAAUUUUCAUGUGGAAACUGAAAUCUUUGGAAUUCUCUCAGAGAUGUACUCAGCUGUCUUGGAAUCUCUUAGUGUGACAGCAAGUAAUAGCAUUUUUGUAGGAAAUUCUAUAAAUGACCUUAUGGCAGCUGUAAGGUUGACUUUUGCGACUUUUAUGGAAAACCAUUCGUGUAAUUUUGACAAUUUCUAUAUUUCUUUUACUGGCAGAAGUUUAUCUGAUCAUGUGGGCCUCUUGGACACUUCAUGGGUUUUCGUGUGCUUUUUUCGUCUCUAUGUUUCCUGUCGUAGCUUAUACCUGCAAGUGAUAAGCCUCAUGCCACCAGACUCAUCCAAAAAGGCAGCAUCUGCAAUGGGUAACUCAUUUAUCAUAUCUUCUGGAAAGGACUGGGAGGGGGAAGAAGGCUGUACUGCUGAAGGUUACUUUUCCUGGAUAGUAAACCCAUCCAUUUCACUGGUUGCGAUGACAACGGCUUUUUCAGAAUCUUUCUUAACUAAACACGUCACAAUCGUUUCACCUUUAGUUUAUGUUUUAAAUGUGAUGGCUUUACAGAGGCUUAUUGACUUGAAUCGGCAACUUAAGGGUUUGAGUUACCUAGUACAAAGGAACAAUAGGAUGGUUCAGAUGCGAGUAUAUGGUGAUGUUGGGCAUUUACCACAAAAACAGAACAGAAAAUUGAAGCAUUUCGUCAAAAUCACAAGGCAGGAGGCAGUUGAUCUUACAAAUUUUAUGACUGAAUUCUUACAUUUAUUGCCUCCAAAGAGAGAUUCAGAAUUCAUUGAGGUGGAAAGGGUUGGUGAAUGUAGUGAAGGUUUAAGAGAACAUGCCUGGGAUCUGGCCGUUUGCUCUUUGAAUGAAAGGUCCCUGCCCAUUGCUAUUUGGUGGCUUCUUUGUCAAAAUAUUGAUGUUUGGUGUGUUCAUGCAUCCAGAAAAAGCUUGAAGAAGUUCUCUUCCCUUUUGGUUCACCAUUGGAUAGCUUAUGUUAGAAACUGUUGGAGAGAUACUGUAGAGCAGGAGACUAGGGAACCAUACUCAAAACAUGUUACAUUCCGCUCCAUUGGUGCUGAAGUUCUGAAGAACGUUGCUUUUUAUGAACAACCAGUAAGAACAUGCCUUCAUUAUAAAUACUUAUGUUUUCGCUUCCUAAAUCUCUGAAGUCGUCCUGGUUAAAUUUUCCUACCAAAGUUUUCCUUUCGUUCUAAGAUCCUCUCGCCUUUCUGUUAAAUGUAAUCUGUUGAGAUGUCAUGCUUUUUCUUAGGUUCUUUUGAGGCAUCUGGCAUCAAGGUUAUCCAGUCUUUUAAAGACAUUGGUACUACCACUUGUGUCCCAUGCAUUUGGAGAUGACCUGGACUUGAGUUCUUUACCUGAUUGGUCAGAUGUCCUGGUCAGACUGGGGAAAGGGCCGGUCUGCUCCAUGGGCACUGGUAAUGUUUCAGAUAGUUAUUCAGCGCUAUUGUUGUUCGAUUCGGUUUCGUCUAACUCUGGUUAUCAAGAGGAUUCUACAAAGCGGAAAGGCCUCCCUUCCUUGAAGCCUGAAGUCGGCGCAUGUCAAGGAUUGCUUAACUUAUUAUGUAAAUUGCCCGAUGUAUACAUAGAUCAGAGAUCACUUACUGCCGUUGUACGUUAUAUUCUUCAUCUAGAAAGGUGAGAUUUUUUGUUUUUAACAUUUUUGUUCUUUCAAUGAUUGAGAUCUUACUUCAAGAGAAACAGUAAACUUUUAAACCCUGAGGUUACGGCCUGUUACAUAACUCACCAGUUUCUUCGACGUCAUAUAUAUAUAUAUAUAUAUAUAUAUAUGUCAAAUUGCUGUUCCAAUGCUAGCAUGAUGCCUACAUCGGCACGGUUAACACCGCUAAUAUCGCAAUUUAUAAACCUUACAUUGGCAUCCCAAUGCAUGAGCCGAACUUUUCUAUCGUUUACCUGCACGUGCACAGCUAACACCACUAAUAUCGUUAUUUAUAAACCUUACAAUGUCCUUUCAAUGCAUAAACUGAGCUUUUCUUUCAUUUACCUACGUGAUCUCAAUGUUCUACAUGAUGGUGCCCCAUCUAUGGCCAAGGUAGCUUUGGACACUUGAUGGCUAGGAUUCUGUCAAAGGACCCAUGGGUAAACGUCUUGAAUUCCCUUAUUAUCUGAAUUCAAGCCAAGACAUGAAUACAGGAGGCAAGUUUCGUAUAGAAAUACGUGAUCUUCUCUAGGGAAGCUGUCAACCGAAGAGAAAAACUGAAAUGCAAACCAUAUUUUUUUGCAUUUAUUUGUAGUAUCAAGUUGUUAAAUUUAUAUACCGCUACUGGAUAUCAAGUAGAUCUCAGAAUUUUGUUCACUUUUCUAAGCAUUUCUUGCUUUAUUUUUAUUUUUUUCAGGCUCUUGGUUUCAGCAUUACUGAGCUGCUAUGAUGGGUGCUCUUGUUUUCAGUAUGACCUAUUAAAUUUGUUUGUCUGCUGUCGAAGGACUUUGAGGCACCUUUUAGUUACAUCUUUUAAAGAUUAUGCAGCGGAUAAAAUGUCUUCCAUCGUUGAUGUCUUAUUUGGUAGUCUAUCUACUAUCCAAUGGCUGUUAAAGUCAGUAUCCGGGCUGGUUGGAUUGCCGGUUUCACACUUUGGGGACAGACCUACUAGCGAGGUGAAUAUGAUGUUCUUUGUAUUGAUGGACCACACAUCCUAUUUAUUUCUUGCUUUGGGUGAACGAGAAAUGUAUAUGGGCGUACAAUCCGUGCAUAGUGGCGAAAAGCUGCUAGAAGAGCCUGUGCGUGAUGGCCUGACAGAACAAAGUUCAUUGUGUGGAGUUGAUGCGUAUUCCAGUUUUUCUGGAAAUCUCGAUGCCUGGAAAAGCCUUACAGCUGUAGCUACUUUUCUCGAGGAAGAGACAAAAGCGUCACUGCUUAUCCUGAGGAGUUAUGGCAAUUCAGAUCAAGAAAUUAGUGUUAUCAGCGUAAAAUGGAAUAAUAUUUCAUGUAUGCUUUCUUGUCUUCAAGGGUUUCUAUGGGGCUUAUUAUCUGCAGUAGGGGUUGUAGAUGGGAAAUGCUUCAUUGAGAAUACAUCAAUUUUGUCAUGCAUCUCAGAACUCUACAAGUACACCGAUGUAUUUGAAGAAUUCGUAGAUUGCUGCCUGUCGCUAUCACUUGUAAAGGAUCAUCACACUGGGAAUUCGAGUGUGUCCUCCAGAUCGUGCAUGCUAAAUUACUUAUCACGCUCACAUUUCCCUACUUUUGAUGAAGCUGGGAUUUCCAGGGAUGAGGGUGAAGUUGCGCCCAAAAUUUAUCAUCUGAUCGGUGAAAAAAGUAAUGGGUCAAUGUUUUAUUCGGAUGGUGAUGGUGAGUUGCAUCACUUGAGACUCUCCCUCUUGCAAAGUUUAUUGAAAGGUGAGAAUCCUGAUGUUGGGUUCUCAAUCAGGCAAAUUUUUAUGUCAGCUGCAGCACUUCUUAAGCUUAGGCAUGUGCCUUCAUUUCUGAAAGUCCCAAAAUCACAGAAUGACUCUAAUUAUUUGCCAUCGAUCUCAACUGGUAUUCUUGUAACAACGUCAGAUUUCAUUUUAUCAAACAUGACUGAAAUUUUGGGAACAUCACAGAGUCGUGAUUUUGUGUGGAUGGAUGGGAUAUUAAAAUAUCUUGAAGUUCUUGGCAGCUGUUUUCCCGUGGCCAAUUCUGGCCUUUCUGAUCAUUUGUAUUCCAAGAUGGUCGAUAUGCAUCUAAGAGCGAUGGGAAAAUGUAUUUCCUUACAAGGCAAAGCUGCAACUCUCGCAUCCCAUGAGACAGUAUCGGAUACGAUGACACUCCAAUCUGAAGUGGGUGAAUGUGAUAAUUAUAUGUAUUCAGUGGAUCAGCAGGGUCACAAAUUGAAUGAAUUUAAAAGUAGGCUUCGAAUGUCGUUCAAAGAAUUAAUCAGGAAACCAUUACGGUCGGAUAUUGUGCUCUUGUUUCAAACACUAGAGAGCGUUUUGGUUGGGGUACGGCGAGGCUGCAAUAUGGUUUAUGAUAUAAAUACAGGGGAUCCAGAUGGUGGACGAGUUUCUGCUAUUGUUGCAGCCGGUGUUGAGUUUUUUGAUUUAGUUUUUGAUUCAUUCUCAGGUGCUUGUGUAUACCUUUGAUUUUAUCCAGUUAUUUUGUUUCAUUAAUUAAAACUAACGGAAUCAUGCAUCACCCUUUCAGGCAUCGUUUUCUUGGUUCUGCUGUACAUCACCCUUUCCAGAUGUUAUGUUUUAUCUGUCGUUUAACUUUUCAUCUAGUGAGACCAUUUUAGCAUUUGAAAUGCCAUAAUUUGACUGUCAUUUUUUAAACAUACAGCCAUAUAUUUUAAAUAUUAGUCUUUUGUGUGUAAGCGAAUAUCGUGCAUCCUCUGAUUGCCUAAUUCAAAUAUUGUGUAUCCUUUACAGGUGACAAGCUGUUUGGAAUCAUCAAAGGCCGCGUGCAGAAUUUAGUUGGCUCUUUGUUCAACAUAAUUCUGCAUCUUCAGAGCCCAUUAAUCUUUUGCAGAAAGGCAUCCACUUAUGGUCGACGUGAAAUUGACCCAGAUCCUGGCUCGACCAUUCUGAUGUGUAUUGAGAUACUAAGAAAGUUUGCUAGGAAAAAUACUCAGUUAAAAAUGGAUCCAUGCCUUGUAGGGCAGUCCUUGCAUGCACCGUCGUCUCUUUUCAAACAUUUUCAUCAGCUCAACUCUUUCCGAGUGCCAAGCGGUGCUCUAAGGUUCACAGACAGUGGAGAAAGCAUAUCAAUAGAAGAUAUCGAUCAUCACAUUGUUGAUACACGGUUCUUUGUAGACCUAUAUGCUGCCUGUUGUAGGUUACUGUGCACCGUAGUCAGGCAUCAGAAAAGGUAUGUCUUGACUUUCUGACUUUCUAAAAUUAUUAAUAUAAAUGCUGAUGUCGAAAAUGGAUAAAAGAUGGGUCAAUCAGCUUUCCAUCCUGUCGGUCAUUUUUGGGAAAGUUGACUUGUGCUGAUCACUUGUUUGCCUUUCGUUCAAGGCUCUUUCUUCUAGUCCACUUUUUGUUUUAACAGCAUGUAUUUUGUGGUGUUAUCUCUGGUUUUCUUCUUCGCCUACGUUGAUAUGUCUGCAAUGAUCUAUAUCUAUGAGUUAAAUGACCUCCCUUUGUUGUAAUUUUUCAUUUUUAACAAGGCGUUAUUAUUCCUAAUGUUAGCUCUGGUUUUUUUUCUAAUCGUCGCCAUAUAUUGCAGUGAGACCGCACAAUGUAUCGCCCUCCUUGAAGAUUCAGUAAAUACUCUGCUUACAUGCUUGGAGUCAUUGCACGAAGAUAAUGCCCGCCAAAAGAGUUCUUUUGUGUUGGAUAUAAAGGAGGCCGUUACAUGUGCUAGCUUUCUUCGCAGAGUUUAUGAAGAGGUAUGGUCUCUUUAUGGUUGUUGACUCUUUAUAGUUGAAAUACCUGAUUUGACUUUGUUGUUAGUGUUUGAAAUCCUCUAGUAUUUUAAUGUGGAAGGCGAUGACCAAAACUUGUGAGCUUAAACAGAGUAUCGUCAUUUCUUUCUUUACCAGAAGAGUUCAUUUCUAUAAAACUCUGUUUAUCUUAAUUUUAGCAACUGCAUAGGAAAGGAAAGGGCUUCUGGUCUGAAAGAGGUUCAUGUUAAAUGAAAUUAUAGUGAGUAAUCCUGGGAGAUCCGGUUAAAUGCUCGCUCACAUCUAAGGCACUAACACCAUUACAGGACGUCCAGUCCCCCUCCCCCUGUAGCUUGCUGGCCUGCACUGUCCAUAUUGGCCCAGUAUCAUAUGAACCUGCCUCACGACAUCCUCCUAGAUACACGCUUAUGUUGUCCAUAAUAUUUUUUUGUGGCAGUUGGAGGUUUAUUAAAUAUUUCCCGUCGCUGGUUCCUUAAUUUUCUUGUUUUAUACAGGUCAAACAGCAGAAGGAUACCGUCAGAACAUAUGCCUGCCAUUUUCUUUCUGAUUACAUCUGUGUCUAUUCAGGAGAAGGCCCUCGACGAACUGGCAUCAGAAGGUCACUCCUCUCUCUCUCUCUCACGUUCUCAGAUCUUUUUCUGCACCAGGAGACGUGUAGAGUCUACGCUUCCUAUCUCCUUCUGAUGGGGUUCGGCUUCUUUUAUUUCCUAUUUCUGUAUCAGAGAAGUAGAUGAAGCGCUAAGGCCAGGCGUCUAUGCCUUGGUUGACAUAUGUUCAGCUGAAGACUUUCAGAAGCUUCACACGAUUCUGGGCGGUUAGUGAUUGUAUAACUCUUUCGAAAUGGUUGACUUUUUUCUUACUAUUUCUGCCCUUUCCCCCUCCUUCAGAGGGUCAAUGCAGGAGGACUCUCGCGACUCUUCGCCAUGAUUACCGGCUUUAUUUCCAGUAUCAAGGGAAAAUCUGA